AUGUGGAUGGAGCUAAAGAGUAUUAGGAGGAGGCCACUGCUCCGGAGGAGGCCGCUCACCGAUGAGGCCACUCCCCAGUCGAGGCUGCUGCUAAUGAGGUCGUUCCUUGGACCGGGCUGCUCCCAGAACAAGGCUGCUCUGGCGAGGCCACUCCCCAGACAAGGCCGCUCUGGUCUGCUCACCGAGGAGGCCUCUUCUCAGAUGAAGCCGCUCCCCGGAAUGACACAGCUCCGGCGAGGCAGUGGCUCAGGGUUCGCGGCGAGGUUGCUGGAGUCUAGGCCGUUCCCCGCAGCGCCGCUGCCAAGGAUCACGGUGUGUGGGCGGGGCCGCUGGCGUCGGGGCCGCUGGUGUCUAGACUGCUGGUGUCUGGACCGCCGGCGGCUCGGGGCUGUAGGCGUUGGGAUGCUGGCGGCUCAGGGCCGCCAGCGGCGGGACCACUGGCGUCGCUUGAUACCUCUUACAAGAGCUAGCCAAAAGGAAUGCCAGAAUAGAGCCACCAGGAGCUGGAAGAGGCAAGAAGGCAAGGGAACCCUGCGUUUGCUGCUCUGCGUUCUGCUCCUCGCAGCCUGGCAGACUGGGAGUGGUCAGGUCCACUAUUCGGUCCCGGAGGAGGCCAAACACGGCACCUUCGUGGGCCGCAUCGUCCAGGAUUUGGGGCUGGAGCUGGCGGAGCUGGUGCCACGCCUGUUCCGGGUGGCGUCCAAAGGCCACGGCGACCUUCUGGAGGUAAAUCUGCAGAAUGGCAUUUUGUUUGUGAAUUCUCGGAUCGACCGGGAAGAGCUGUGCGGGCAGAAUCUGGAGUGUAGCAUCCACCUGGAGGUGAUCGUGGACAAGCCGCUGCAGGUUUUCCAUGUGGUGGUGGAGGUGAAGGACAUUAAUGAUAACCCACCGGUUUUCAGAGCAAGAGAACAAAGGUUUUUUAUUCCUGAAUCUAGACUGGUGGAUUCACGUUUCCCGAUAGAGGGCGCUGCUGAUGAAGACAUUGGUACCAACGCUCUUCUUACUUACACCCUCAGCCCCAAUGAUUAUUUCUCUUUGGAUGUACAGGCAAGUGAUGAACUCAGUAAGUCACUUUCACUUGAAUUGAGGAAGUCUUUGGAUAGAGAAGAAACACCAGAACUUCAUUUAUUAUUGACAGCCACUGAUGGGGGCAAGCCAGAGCUGGAAGGUACAGUUCAGCUGCUGAUCACAGUGCUGGAUGUUAAUGAUAAUGCCCCAUUGUUUGCCCAGGCUGGGUACAGAGUCCAUUUAUUAGAGAGUACAGCAAAUGGAACAUUAGUGACUACAUUAAAUGCCUCUGAUGCCGAUGAAGGUGUAAAUGGCGAAAUUGUUUUUUCCUUUGGCAGUGAUGUUCCUCUAAACAUUCAAAAAAACUUCAAAAUUGAUUCCAGCUCAGGAGAAAUUAGACUAAUUGGUAGACUGGAUUAUGAAGAAACGAAAUCCUAUGAAAUUCAGGUAAAAGCAGUUGAUAAAGGAAAUCCUCCAAUGUCGAAUCACUGCAAAGUUUUAGUGAAAGUGCUAGAUGUAAAUGACAAUGCUCCACAACUGGCAAUCACACCUCUGUCUUUGCCGGUCCGAGAGGACUCUCCACUAGGCACCGUCAUCGCCUUUGUCUCCGUGUCCGACCGUGACUCUGGUGUCUACGGGCAGGUGACCUGCUCUCUGAUGCCUCCUAUCCCAUUCAAACUGGUGUCCACCUUCAAGAACUACUAUUCGCUGGUGCUGGAC